AUGAGUUUUUACAUCGUCCCAUCGAUGCUGUAUCAGACACAGCAGAAGCUCAAGAAGAAACCAUCAAGUAGUUCCGGCCGUCAUCGAAAACAUGGAAAGUCAUCCGCGAGUUCUACAAAAGCGGAGGAAGACGAUGCAGCCAGUACACAUUCAAGUGCACAAUCAGUCAAAACAAGUAAUGACGACGUAAAAUCGGCGGGACCUUACAAUGGUGUUGAUUCCAAAGAGCUCUCUCAUUCACUCCAGAAACUAAAAGAGACGGCUCCCAGCGAAAUUGUUGUACCGACACCCGUAGUCUCGUCUAAUUCUCCAUCCGAUUCCCGCACCUCCCCAUCAACAAAAAGGCUGGACUCAGACAAGAGCCCCAUAGCCACGCCGAAUGAUGCUUCCAAUGACAAACACCGCUCAGGCUCAACGUACUCGACUGUGUCGGGAUCUUCUGUUCCUUCAAGUUUACGAAAGGUGUUCCGUAGAAACAGUUCAAUGACUUCGUAUCAAUCGUACCUGCUGGCAAGGUCCUCCCCCACGGCUACUCCCCCAUCCGUUGAGGUAGAAAGUAUGAUCCCCAAUAGACCCCUGGAUCUCAAACAAAAGAGAAGUUCAUCAUCAUUAGUUUUUGCACACGUUUUAAGCCCCUCCACAAAAGUCGACCUCAGUCCGACUCUCCCCGACUACAUCCCAAUCACAGAUUUAUCCAUCAUGAAUUCCAUUGAACUGGUCAAUCGCUCGUUCCUCAACCCAGCAUUUCAAAUACAAAGGUAUCAGAACUUCAUUGAGUUUUUGAAAGACCAUCACGUCUCUGAUCCCGUAAACUUCGCAUCUGUUCGGAACCAUUGUUUGCUGAAAUUCAUCAAAGAACACCUGAUAGCUGUCGAUUGGCACCAUUCUAAUGAAGCCCAGAAUUUCAGGGACAUGCAUCAUUAUGAAGCGCACCUCUCGUUUCAAUUACUUCGAGCUCGUAAUCUUGUGCGGCGCAUUUUAAGACAAGUUACUGCAGAAGACCCUAAUAGGUCUCCAAUGAUCAACUGCGAAGAACUUAUUCAAUUGAAUUAUAUCAAUUAUGUGAGAUACUCCUUCAGUCUUCCUAGCACGUUGCCCUCCUCGGAAACACGAUUGAAUGAAUUUCAAAGGGCACACUACGAGUAUAAGGAAUGUAUCAGUAAUAUCCAAAGGAGCUUGGAACUGUUGAAACGAGAGGAAUUGGGUUCAGAUAUCGGCACAAGUGGCACGCAAGCUAUUUUGAACAUGGUUACGAAAGUUUCCUAUGAGUUUGUCUUACUAGAAAAGUAUCACAUUCACAUCCUAUCCAAGUUGAACAAUAACUAUCUCAUCGAGAGCAGAAGUGUUCGUCGUAUAUUUGAGAUGUAUAAAGCUCAAGUUAACGACAGGAAUACGAGGUCGCCAAAGGUGUUACUUUACAACAACUUCUACAGCUCACAGUAUACUUGGCAUUUGUCUCUAUCAAUUCCCUUCGCACGAGUAUAUCAGAUGAGCAUUUGCAACGAGGUCCCCGAUUUUUAUGUCAAUUACGGUACCGCUCGCAACGAGCAGGAGUAUUGGAACUAUGAAAUCGAUGACGAGAACUUCUACAAGUCGUACCUUCAACAUUUGAGUAUAGAAGACUUCAAGACCUUCCAACACUAUACUCCCAAAAAUUUAGUCGAGCUAGUUCAAGAUGUGCGUUCUAAGGGUGAUAAAUCAAAUGGUGGGGCAGACGACCUCCAGCCAUUCAAUUUUCAAUAUUACCCACUGUCACUCGCAUCCAUACCUUCUAACACAUUCGACAUCAUCCAAUCAAGAGACCUAGCCCUACAACUUACACCGAAGAAUUUUAAAGUUGUUUUGGGUGAGUUUUUCAGAAUCUUAAAACCUGGGGGAUCACUUGAAUUGUCCGUAUUUCAAUUCGGAAAAGGAACUUUGGACCUUUUCAGUUGUGAGAUGUACGGUGACUUAGACCUAACGCAAUUGUACGAUAUUAUUCCCCAUUUCAUUACAGUGGUGAUGCAAGAGCUUGUGAAAUUAUUCGGUGCUGACAAUGUGUCGUACUCGGUGGCCUUAUUGAAUCGGAAUAACGAAGUCACAGACUUUCUUAUGAAGCAUUUGGGACUUGUAUUAUACGAUAUUUUUGGCAGGAUUGACGACUUUUGCGUGAAUGUCAGGGACUCAGAGGUGGAAGAAAAACUGAAACCUAACACGAAUUUGAAUCAAUUAGUGCACAUUAGGGCCGAGAAAAGAACUACUUCAUAG